GGAAUGAAUCAGACUGGAUAAUGUGUACGUUCUGAGUAUUUGAGGGAUUGAUUGUGAUAUUGAUAUCGAUUCUGAAUUCUCGACACCGAGACUCGAAUAGCCAUAGUACAGGUUUCUAUCACUCCCACCACAUCACGAUCAAUCCUCAAUUCGUAUACAAGAAAACUCUACCUAUCGCACAAAAUGGCAACACCGUCCUCAAACCGAACCGGCGACACAAUGCCAAAUCACCAUCCCAUCUCAACGCAGGGAGGCGCCAGCGCCAUCCCAACGGCAGCAAAUAAUACGGGCGGGGGAAGUGGUUGGGGUGAUGAAGGGUUUAUUAAAGGUGGUGGAGGGGAGAAGCGUGAGGAGUCGGAUGGAAGUUGCGUCUCGGGAGAUCAUUCGUUUGCGAAGCAUACACCUGGGUGUCCGCAGGGGAUGACGGGGAAGAUUACAGAUUUUAUCCAUACGAUACAUGGACAAGGGAGAUAGACUCUUUUUACUCUAGGUAAUGGGUGAGGAUGCGAUUGUGCUCUUUGCGGAUCAAAUUGUUUGUCGAAUUCUGCAUGUAUUAUUAUAUAGAUAUCUAUUAUUGAGACAGAAGUCAUACUGAAUAUCAUACAUCCGUCUCAUCGCUCGGAACUUCAGAUAAACUAGGCGAUUUCACCUCAACCGGGAACUUAUCCACACUCUCGUACCAUUGUAUCACAGAGCCAAUCAGAAAAGCCCAUGAGCCCCAAAACGUAGCCAGACAUGUCUGAUAUUCAACCCCGGAGGA